GGUGGUUCUGGGAAGGGGAAAAAGACAGAGAGAGAGAGAGGGCAGCAGAGGAGUGGAGGGGAAUGGAAUCGCUACAGGGCUAACGAGCGAGCGCAGGAUCGCCGACGUGUCAUCAUUGUGAGCCGAAUUGGACACGUGGUCACAAAAAAAUCUGCGUUCUUAACCCACACAGCGAGCCACGUGGUUUAAGAGUAAUUCUAUUUGCGCUGCAUUGUACAGCGCGCACACACACAGAGCGUGCUGCUGAUGCUGCUGCUGACUUGUGGCUUUGAUGUCCGCUGUGCAGGAAGCUAAGUCGAGUCCCCUUGCCGCUGAUGUCUUUACGCUCAUUCAUUGAUCACAUUUUUUUUCCGCACCUCUCAGCCGUCGCUUCUGCGAGGAUUGGUGAGCGAGGUUCCGAGUGAGGAGCAAACAGAGUUGAGGCGACCAUGGAAAUCAAGAUGCUGCCGCGACUGAUCCUGGCGGUGGUGCUGGCGGUGGUGGUGCCCAGGGCUACUCGGGGUCAGGAUUGUGACCCCCGAUCGCGCGACUCUUAUGGCGAUUGUCCACCCGAAAACGAAUACCCGGAUGUCGAGCGCAGCCGAGAUCCAUACGACCACGUGGACAGAUAUUACCAAGAGGGACCCGCGCCAGAUCGCAGAGGCUGGGAAGAAGUGGGGCAGGAGAUGGAAUCGGCAGGGGUGGGCGACGAUGGCGCCGGCAGCAGCAGCACGGGCGACUGCGUCCCGCUGAGGCUGGGCUACUGCGAGGACCUCCCGUACAGCGCGACGCGCUACCCCAACGCCCUGGGCCACACGUCGCCGCUGGACAGCGAGCGCAGCCCCGAGUACGUGCUCAUGAGCGUGCUCCCGCAGCUGCUCGACGGCGAGUGCCAGCCCCAGCUGCGUCUCUUCGCGUGCGCUGUGCUGGCGCCCAAGUGCGUGCCGCCGCCGCCCGAGCCGCACCCGCUGGCGUGGGAAGGCGCCCCGCGCACCCGGUCGCGUGUGGUGAGGCCUUGCCGCGCCGUCUGCACCGACCUCCGGCGGAACUGCGAGCGCGCCUUCCACCGCAUCCAGAUGCGCUGGCCCCACUACCUGGAGUGCGAGAACCACACGGCGAGCGAGCGCGAGGAGGAGUGCGUGGACCCCACGGGCCGAGGAUUCUCCUUCGACGCUUCGCCGCACGGGGAGGAUUGGCCCGGCGCCGACGCGGGACAUCGCGGCGCCGUGCUGAGGCACCGACGGCACGCGGAGAUGACGCGGGCGCUGCGCCGGGCGGAGAAGUCGUGCGGCGGCGCCGCGAGGCUCUACAGCAUCGGCAAGAGCUUCGAGAACCGGGACCUCCUCGUCAUCGAGCUGUCGGAAAACCCGGGCAAGCACGAGCUGCUGGUACCUGAGGUUCGCCUCGUGGGGAAUAUUCACGGGAACGAGGUGCUGGGCCGUGAGCUGCUCGUCGCGCUCGCGCAGCACCUGUGCGCACGCCUCGAGGACGGAGACGAGCGCGUCCGCCGCCUGCUCAACACCACGCGGCUCCACAUCCUCCCCUCCAUGAACCCCGACGGAUACGAGCUCGCCGCCGACUCCAUUGAGGAGGAUCGGCAGGCCAUCCAGGGCAGGAACAACAUGCAGAACAUCGACCUGAACCGCAACUUCCCGGACCUGACGAGCGGCGUUCUGCGCCGGCCUAAGCGCCGCACGCAGCCUCUGCCCGUGCCUGACCAGUACUGGGAUGGCAAGGUUGCGCCGGAGACGCGCGCGGUGAUCGACUGGAUGGAGGAGUUCCCCUUCGUGCUGGCGGGGAACCUGCACGGCGGGGAGCUGCUCGUGCGCUACCCGUACGACGCGUCGCUCAUGGGCGAGAAGUUCUACUCCGCCACGCCCGAAGACCAGAUGUUCCGGCUGCUGGCGCGGACGUACGCAGAGGCUCACCCGCUGAUGUCCGACAAACACAAGGCCCCGUGCCCCGGGGAGACCGGGGCACCCUCCGGGGGAAUCGUGAAUGGAGCCGAGUGGUACAGCUUCCGCGGAGGGAUGCCGGACUUCAGCUACCUGCACUCGGGAUGCCUGGAGCUGACCCUCGAGCUGGGCUGCGUGAAGUUCCCGAGCGGGGAGGACCUUCCCAUCGAGUGGGCGCACAACCGCGAGGCGCUGCUCACCUUCGUGGAGGCGGUCCACCAGGGCAUCAAGGGGGUCGUCCGGGACGAGCGCGGUGCCGGGAUUGGAGGCGCCCGCAUCUCCAUCAAGGGGAACCUGCGCGACACCGUCACAGCUCCGAGCGGUGAAUUCUGGCGGCUGCUGCCUCCGGGCAGCUACAUCGUGCGCGCGUCCCGAGCGGGCUACCGCGCCGUGGUGAAGCGCGUGCGCCUCCCUGCGCGGCUUCAGACGUCCGGCCGCGUCGACUUCAAACUUCCGCGGCAACCCGGCACCACCGCCAGCCCCGUCGAGCCACACGACGGGGGGAGGAGGAGGGGCGGACUGAGCAGGGGUCGCAGCCGCGGCCAGGGCCGCUCCAGGAACAACGGCGAGGACGAUGAGGAGGAAGAGAAGCCAAGGUGGUGGGCAUACUUUCAGUCCAUGGGUAUCCAGCCGCCGCCGUGGAUGAUGGUAUCCCCAGACGACGAUUACUAAGGUGGUCGUGAAUCAGCGAUUGCAAAUAUAUUGGCACGCUCGCGAUUAAAGUGGGAUUGUGCUUUUUUUUUAAGUUACAAUCGGCUUGUGUGCAGAUGAGGUGGGUUGUCAUGUUGUUUGUUACGUGAUUUUACCGAAUAGAACCAAAGAGUAUGGAUCCUUGCAGUCACGAAAGCUUUAAAUCUAGAAUUGUCAUAUCCUAUUUUAUGGCAGCAAAAUUUUGAACUUUUCAUUAACCAGUAGAUUGACGACUGAUGAUACAUAGUAAUGAGUUCGAGUCAAUGUUGCAGCCCAUGUGAUGCUACAUUUCCACAUUGCUUUUUUAAGUGAACCGCGACCCAGAUGGAUUAAUUCCAUCUAAUCGUCACAGCCAGACCAGUUUGUUUUGGUGUUUACCGGACUGAAUUUGAAAUGUUGAAAAAAAUAUUUUUUAUUCGCAUUUCAAGUUAACAAAAAUGCACACGAGGCAAACAUUUAUAACCUUUUCUUCAAAACUAGUUUUAAUAAUUUGUAAAAUGUCUGUAAUAAAACGAUACAUGUAAAUGUGGUAUGGAAGGAUUUUUUUGUUUCUUUUUUUCAUACAUUCAAUUUACUAAAAACAUGCUCACAGCCAAAUUUUUUCACCUAAAUACAAAAAAAAUAACCUACCUGGGAGCUGUCAAAGCAAUGACACAAAUUUAAAUAUCUACCUUCCCAUCUUUCCUUUUCACAAAACGAUAUCACACUUUUGAUAGACGUAAAAGAAAAAAAAAGAUACCAAGUCUUAUGAAAACACAAAACUUCA